CUAAACCUGUAACUACAUAUCUCUCUCUCUCUCAAAAAAAACCAAAUUACUCUCCAAUCUCUCUCUAACUCUCUCUUUUAAAAAGAUUCGCCCUGUUUCUUUUCUGCUGAAAAUCCCACUUUUGCCUCUCUCUCUCUCUCUCUCUUUGGCUUGGCCAUUUCCGCCCAAUGAAGCACACCAAACUCAAACUCAAACUCAAACCCACCACACCCUUCAGAAAACCCCACUUCUUUAAAUGACGAAACUACCCUCCAUCUUCCUCACCGUCAUCCUCAUCUUCCUGCACCUCCUACUCCUCUCCAAAACCCACGCCCUCGGCUCCGGCGCCACCCUCGCCGUUAUCUCCUCCACCGCCACCGUUUGCGGCAUAAUAGCCUCACAACCAACCCAACGCAUCCAAUGCUACCAACGUGGCCAAGUCAUAUCCGUCGAUCCCAACACCAACUUCACCUCCAUUUCCGGCGGCACCAACCUCCUCUGUGGCCUCCGCUCCGGUGGCUACAGUCUCCUCUGCUGGGACCCCUCUAACAACUUCAGCUCCAAACGCCUUUACUUCAACGACACCGUUUUGUUAAGCAACCUCUCCGUCGGUGACGACCAAGUCUGCGCCACUUCCAAUGGUACAAACUCAGUCUAUUGCUGGAGAGGCAAUAAAGAUUUCAAUUUGCCACCUGGGUCUGAUUCGUUUUCGUCAAUCUCAUCUGGGUUUGGUUUCUCUUGUGGAAUUUUAUUCGGCAGUCAACAAGUUAAGUGUUGGGGAAGCAAUACUGUGUUAUCGAAUUUGAUACAGAGUGGUUUUACGAACAUGUCGAUGAAUAGUAUUGUAGCUGGUGGUUCACACGCGUGUGGGUUAAACUCAAGUGAGUCUGUUGUUUGCAAAGGAGAUAACAUUUCUGGUCAGUUAGAUGUUCCUUCGAAUUCGGUGGGAGACUUGUUUAAGUUGUCGCUCGGAGAAAGCCAUAGUUGUGGGAUUAGGAAAUCGAAUCAAUCCUUGGUGUGUUGGGGUGGGAGAGGGGGAUAUUCUUUGAAUGUGACAGAAGGGGUUUCGUUUGAAGCAAUUGCGUCUGGGUCUAAUUUUACUUGUGGAUUAAAGACGUUUGAUUUAUCGAUUUUGUGUUGGGGACCCGGGUGGCCUAAUGAAGGUAAUUUGAGUUCUGGGGUUGAGUUAUCUUUGCCUAAGAUUCUUCCAGGUCCUUGUGUGGAUCAAUCUAAUUGUUUGUGUAGUGUGUAUCCAGAUUCUCAGAGUUUAUGCUCUGGUUUUGGGAUUAUUUGUACGGUUUGUAAGAAUGUAAAUUCAACGCAACAGCCAGUACCUUCACCAACCCCAACCCCAACCCCCUCAUCGAAUUCAUCACCAUCCAAGGGUUUGAGAAGGGGUUUAUUGGCCUUUUGCAUUGUGGGAUCGAUUGGAGGAUUUGCGGGUAUUUGCACUGUGAUUUAUUGCUUGUGGACUGGUGUUUGUUUUGGGAAGAAGAAAGUGCAUAAUUCAGUGCAACCUACAAUCACUAGAGCUGCUAGUUCUAACAAUGGAACAACCUCGAACAAUAGCCCGCCUUCAAGGUCAUCCACAAUUAGGCGUCAAGGGUCGAGGAUUAUGAGGCGGCAGAGGAGUGGUACCUCGUCGAAGCACACGGAUAAGGCUGAGGAAUUUUCACUAGCUGAGCUAGCAGCAGCCACCAACAAUUUCGCUUUGGAGAACAAGAUUGGUGCUGGAAGCUUCGGUGUUGUGUAUAGAGGCAAAUUGGUAGAUGGCCGUGAGGUUGCGAUCAAAAGGGGUGAUACUAGUUUAAUUAUGAAGAAAUAUCAAGAGAAAGAAAGCGCAUUUGAUUCAGAAUUGGCAUUCUUGUCACGGCUUCAUCACAAGCAUUUAGUUAGGCUUGUUGGGUUUUGUGAUGAAAAGGAAGAGAGGCUGUUGGUUUAUGAGUUCAUGAAGAAUGGUGCACUUUAUGAUCAUUUACAUGACAAGAACAAUGUGGAGAAGAGUAGCAGUGUUUUGAAUUCUUGGAAAAUGAGGAUCAAAAUCGCAUUGGAUGCAGCUCGAGGGAUCGAAUAUCUUCACAAUUAUGCAGUCCCACCUAUAAUUCAUAGAGACAUCAAGUCCUCUAACAUAUUGUUAGACGCUUACUGGACAGCCAGAGUAUCUGAUUUUGGAUUGUCUUUAAUGGGUCCAGAAUCUGAUCGCGAUUAUAGGCCAAUGAAAGCAGCUGGAACAGUUGGGUACAUUGAUCCUGAGUAUUAUGGUCUUAAUGUACUAACAGCAAAGAGUGAUGUUUAUGGUCUAGGAGUAGUAUUAUUGGAACUUUUGACAGGGAAGAGAGCUAUAUUCAAGAAUGGUGAAAAUGGAGGGGCACCCAUAAGUGUGGUGGACUUCACGGUGCCAGCAAUUAUGGCUGGAGAAUUGGGAAAGGUCUUGGACUCAAGGGUUGGGCCUCCAGAACUGAAUGAAGCAGAGGCAGUAGAACUGAUGGCCUAUACAGCAUUGCAUUGUGUGAAUUUGGAAGGGAGGGAAAGGCCAACCAUGGCUGACAUUGUUGCUAAUUUGGACCGGUCAUUGUCUCUCUGCGAUCAUAGUCAUGGCAGCAUCUCUAGUGGUACAAUCUCCAUUGUUUCAGAAUGAAAUUCCAAAGGAAAAAAAAAAUUACAUUUUUUCUUCAAUUUUUAUUGAUUUUUUUUUUUUUUUGGGGAUAAUCACAUUGGGUACAAUUGUGUUUUGUAAAUUUUAGGAUUUUCAUCUAACAUUGAGCUGUAGGUGUAGGAUUUUGUGAACACUAACAGCUAGAAAGAAGGAUUACAAGAUUUAUUUUUCAGGAAAAUAGCCUUUCUUUUCUC